AAGCGACGGGACAGACCGGAAGUGGGCAGAGGGGAGAGGCUUGCUGCACCUGCGAGGAAGGUGGAGCGAAGAGGCGAGACGGGGAGAAGGUGGCUAAAGCGGGGCCACGAAAUAGCUUCCCCCCGGCGGCCCUGUGAGCGAUUCCUGGGCCGAGCGUCCUGCGGAUAAGGGCUCCCGUGCAACCAGAGCCACGGCCGGAAGGGACCCAACCCGCCCGACCACCUCGUCCACCUCUACCACCACCACCAUCACCAUGGCGGAGUCUGCGGCCAGCGUGGGAUCCACCGCCACUCUGACCGAGACGGAGGUGACUGAGCCGGAGAAUCGCAGUCUUACUAUCAAGUUGAGAAAACGGAAACCAGCCAAGAAGGUGGAAUGGUCAAGUGACACAGUUGACAAUGAACACUUGGGACGGAGAUCUUCUAAAUGUUGCUGCAUCUAUGAGAAGCCUCGAGCUUUUGGCGAGAGCUCAACAGAGAGCGAAGAUGAGGAUGACGAAGGCUGUGGCAAUGCUCAUUGCAUCCGGGGCCACAAGAAAGGCCAGCAGGGGAAGGCGCAGGGUACAUCGGGGGACCCUGGCCCAUCAGAAGGCUGCUCCCGGAAACCAGAACCGCCUGACCAGAACCACUCCAGGGCCAUGCAGCACUGAAGCCCACCCUGCCAGGGGAUGGGGGAAGAGAGCCCCCCGCUCCCUCCUGGAGCCAGGGACUAACGCUGCUCCAACUCCGGGGCGGAGGGGAGGGAGGGGAGGGCCCACACAUCCAGCUACCCGUCUGUCUCUCGUGCCGGUGCUGACACUGCCUCAACACGGGGUGGGAAGGGGGAGGGAGGGAGGGGGAGGGCCCACGCAUCCAGCUCCCCAUCUGUCUCGUGCCAGUGCUGCUGCUGUCAUCUAUCUCCCCAUCCAUGGCUGGUGAGUCCAUCAGGUGCCACCCAUCCACACCCCACCCAACGUGGAAUGUAUUGACAGAGUCUCUGUAUUGACAGAGCUUUUUCCUCCUGCUUCUUAAUUAAAUAUUUGUAUCAGUGACGAACAAGGUGGGAAAUUGAUACUACUUUGGAAAUAGCAGCAAUAGAGCUGCAUCCAAGACCCUUCUGUUGGGCAAGUGUGCCCUCUUCCCUUACCUCUAUCCUCGUUUCCCUUUUCCCCACCUAUAGUUUCAACCAUUAGGACAGUCCACUUCUCCCUUGCUGUUCCUGAACUCCACUUAAACCCUUCUCCUUCCAUGCCCUGCCUGGUUAAUUCCUAUACUGUCUCUCACUCUGCCACAGUUGCACUCACUGAUCCCUUUGGGUCUCAGCUCCACUGCCUCCUUUUGUAUGCAGGCUCCUAAUUCACCAAAGCAAGGUCACUGCUUUUGCCACACAACUGCUUUAAGGUUGCAGCCUUCAGGCCUUUCUGUUCUCCUCUUUCUACCCCCUGGGAAAGUGUAAGCCUUGACUUUGGCUUUUGUUUCUUUUCUGUUUACAGUCAGGGUUCUCUUCAACUGAGUUUUUCUAAAAAGAAUCCCACUUGCUGUUUCUGCUUUUAAAAAGAAAGAAACCCCAUUUUUCAUUAUGCUUGGGAAACUGUGAGCGCUUUCUUUUCAAGAGGAAUGGAGAAAAAGGCAUAAAGACAUGAGCCAAGUAAAUGUGGAGUGUAGCAGCUGUUACUAAGUUUUGUUUAUGUGGUGGAUAUGGAAAGGGGCUGAGGAUUGUGUGUUCUUCUGGAAUUUGACAUCUUACAUUUGAAGGAGGUUGUGAUUAGUUUGAAGAUGGCCCACGCCAGAUCAAAGCAAGUUUCAUCAUCUAUGCUGAUACAGAAGAUCAGCUCCACUUUUUAGGCCAAACAAUCAUCCUUAGUAAGACCUCAUCUUCAAGUCACAUAUGGGUACCGCCAAGUCCUGCCAUGAUGUGGGGAGGGGGCACAAUCGUCCCUUGCAUGACUCACAAAUCACUUCCUUGCUCUUGCCGACUUUUGGUUUAAUAUGGGAGGGCAGACAAGGGUCUUUCCUCAGGAUGUCUUUAUUUUUCCUCUGGGUGUCAGAACCAGCAUGGUUUUGAUUAAAAAGUAAAUUUCAGUAAGAGAAGCACAUAACAUAUCUGGUGAGUGUGUGAUCCUGAGGCCAGUUCAGAAUGUCUUUAUCGUGUUCCCCAAGUUUCUGGCUAAGGCACAUUUUUUGACCAAAUCUCUAUUGCAAGCAAGUAUGGUUCUGAAAUAGAAUAUUCUUAGGAGUAUGAAAGCAAACAGUCACUUUGCCCACAGGAGUGCUUCCUUGCUGCUAGUGGUUGUUGGUUUCCUCCCUUCUCUUUCUUUUUUCUGAGCAUGAUUUCUAAACAGAGAACAAAUGGGUGAGAAGGCAAGCAGGAGAGACAGCAGUCUGUAUUGUAUAAGGCUUGGCAUGUCAUGCUAGCAUUUCUGCUGCACAGCAUUUGAUAUAGUUGCAGAAGGGUGCCUAUGGGUACAACACACAUGCAUGCACACACUACUUUUGUGAUAGCCCUCCUUGGGUACCAUUUAUAUUAUAGGUAAGAAUGGCCACAUAUGGUAAAUUGUGGGUAGGAGGAAUCUGAGAGUAAUGCAUCCCUUCCCCCCCCCCCCCCCCCCCUUUAAUCUCACCACUGGAAAUGACUGACCACAGCCAAAUCAAUGGUUUUAAACUACAGGCAGCAGGGAGAAACUUUGUGAGUCAGGGUUUUUUUUUUAGUUCUGGUGAAAUAUUAUCAGUCUCUCCCGCACGAGCAAAGACAGGGAGAUGGCAGAUUUAAAUUCUGCAUAUUCAUAUUGGGUGUCUGAGAAAUAAACUAGGGGUAUCCUCUACCCCUCGUGCUGGUAUCAGAAGUAUUCAUUGGUGAAAAUAAGAUACUGUUUAAGAGGGACCAGCAGGAAAACUGGCCAUAAUUGUGGCAUAAGUAACUAUACACAAAAAGAAUAUGUUAGGUAAAGUGCUUCACAGCAGCAUGUCCUCCUUCUAUCUGCCCUUCUCUUAAAACACCUUACUUUUUAAAAAGUGCCUGAGCAUUAGAAUCCAAAUGCCUUGGCAUUCAAACUUGGAUCAGAGCUCCCCAAGUCGCUCCCUGCACUGUUUUAACUUGUCGAUGAAACAGUCUCAAUGUAAUGUGAUCUGAUUUGCCAACUUUUGUCAAAAUCUGUGCAAGUGGCAUGUGUGGUGCAAGUACUGUGUGGUUAUUUGAUCCACCAAUUAAAUUUUGUUUCAUCUAAACACAAA